AGUCCAUCAGUUGUACCCCGGCUACACGCACGACGCCUGCACCCACACCAGCCCGACCCGAGACACAGACCUCUUUGAUUUGUCAUAGUUUUGUAUAUUUUGCGGUAAUUUUUCUCCGUUAACUUUUUUGCAUUUUUUUAACAGCCAACAACCAAAAAGGGAAGUGGUAGUAAAUUGGAGACUUUAGACUUCAACACCCACACACACCCACACCAAUCUAGCGACUCGAGGACCAGGACCAAGUGUACCACACAACCAGCCCUUUACGAUACUUGCUAGUCCGAAGCUACCACCAUAGAGCUUGAGUGGCCAUAUUUGCGAUAAGGACAAAAGCUCCUCGGCUAGUGUGUUUUUUUUAACUUCACUUCUAAUACCACAAUAAUUCAAUAAGAUGACUACCCCAGGAGGAUUGCUAGGGCAUAUACUGUCAGUGUCAGUGCCCUUCCAGAAAAGUUCAUCGGUGAUGGACUUGCUCACGAAGAAUGACGGACGGCCCGAGGGCGAGAGUGUCACCAAAACUGUGGAAACACCCAUCAAAGCUGUGGAAGGGCAGCCCCCUACCAACAUAGUACCGGAAACGAUACCUGCUGAUCUGGUCCAGGUGAAUCGUUUGAUUUCCCCUCCGACCAUACUUCGACAACCAAUCCCGCAAGUGUCGGCCCGGUCCGUCGACUUGGUUCAAGAACAAAAACCAGCAUCCAUUUCAUACACCGAACAACUCACAGCCUAUCUCCCGCUUGGUGAGAUUGUGGAGGUGCUUCGGGUGGGUCUGCCAUCCACCAUGAAGGAAUACCUGGAGCAUAUCUUCAAGAUCAUCAGUCUUCUCCAUGAUGACAAACUCUCCCAUGAGCAAUUCCAUAUCCUUGAAACCAAGCUCUUCCAAUUGAUGGAGCAACUCCCAAACUACUCAGACCCUUCGGAAUACAUCCACUCACAGUUACACGUUCUUGUGGAACGCAACUUUGACGUGUUCAUCAAGGUUUCUACCGGGAGCAAGCACGUUGAGUUGGCCACACGUACCACGCGCUUCCUAACCAGUGUGAUGAUGAGCUUGAAUUAUUGGGAGAUCUACAAUCUAUUGGCUUGGAAACCGGCCAUGUAUCACUUUCUUAUGGUAAUUCAAUUUGAUCUUAACGAUUGUUACACCAAGUUCUUGCGCGAAUAUGGGAAGUACACCUCAAGAAAGCAGCAAAAGGCGGAAGAAGCAGAAAUAAGACAAAGAGAAGCGCGUCGGAGUCGCUCGACCCGAACGAAAAGACUUUAUCUGGACGAUGCCAGCUCGACAUACUUAUCCGAUGAAGAUUCUACAGGCUAUUCCGAAGUCAGUAAUGACCAUGAUAAAUUUGUAUCUGAGGCCAUUGCUGGGAACCCCAAGACAAAGAGAAAGUCUCGUGUGGAUACGAAGUUGACUGCACAUCGAAUAAUUAAAAAGACCAAUGCACAAGCCGCUGCCGCAGCUGCAGCGGCCGCUUCGGCUUCGGCUUCGGCUUCAACGUCCAGGUUUGAUACUUCAGCGGACGCAGCAUACAUGGACGACACGGGCCAUGAGGGCAGCUCACAACAUUCACUUAUGUCACCAUCUAACAAGUCCUCAAACAAGUCUUCCAACUACGACCCGGACGUCGUUCACGAGUGUCAACUACCAUCUGCGGAUGAGCCUAAUAAGAUGUGUUUGCGUAGAUUCUCACGUAAAUACGAACUCAUAAGACACCAGGAAACGGUUCAUUCAAAGAAGAAAAAAUUAUUUAAAUGUUAUGUGUGUGUGAAGCAAAACCCAAGUAUAGGCCCAAGGAUCUUUACCAGACAUGAUACCUUGGCCAAACAUAUUAGGGUGAACCACAAGAUCUCUGGCAAGGAAGCCAAAGCCGAGGUUGCAUAUUCGAAGAAGCACGCCGAGGUGGUGGAAGAAGGUGAUAUCACCGUCCAUGUGGGGAGAAGGAAAACUAAAGUUGACUUUGAGUUGCGAGCACACAUGGAAAAGAGAAAGAUAUCCAAGGAUGAUGACUCUAUGGACGAUAUAUCUGAUGACCCAUACGAUGAAUAGUAUAAUAAACACUCCAUACCUACAUACCAUUAAAUUACCUCUACAGGUUCUUGACUUAUAUAUAUAAUAUUUCUACAAAUUUCCUAAUGUACACAUCCUCUGGGAUA